AUUUUUAAAACUUUUUUAUUCGUUUUUGAAAACUCCUUAAUUUUAUAUGCUGGUCACAUCAUUACAUAAUUCUCUCUCUCUCUCUCUCUAAAUUUUUGGUGUCUUCUCUGUCUCUGUGUUGGACGAUCCUGUGGAUUGAGGUUCGUUUGAGGCUGGAAGAAGUAUAUUUUUGAGCUCUGAUUCUUAGGAUGAAGACGGCCUUCCAGUGAUUUAGAAUACGAUCAAAUCAAGUAGUCAAAAAACAAAAGAAGAGAUGCCAAAGCAUCGUUGGCGGAAAUCAUUUAAAUCCUUUGUUGGGAGUCACAUUGAUCCUGAAAGAGACGAUGAGCUGAAAGGAACAAAAGCAGAUGUUGAUGGCAAAGUGGAGGAGAUCUUAAAGGCUCUUAAUGAAGAAGAUAACCAUGGGAAAGGGCCAGUUGUUGAUCUGAUCAAGGAUUUCUACAAUCACUACCUAUCUCUUUAUGAUCGAUAUGAUCAUCUGACAGGAGAAUUGCAGAAAAAUGUACAUGAUAAACAAGGAAACGGUAGCUCUUCGUCCUCCAGCUCAGAUUCUGACUCAGAUGAUUCUCCAAGGAAAAAGGGCCCCAAAAAUGGUAAAAUGAAAAAUGAUUUUGAGAAUAAUACAGUAAUCAAGCAAGAACUCGAAACUGCAAUUCUGCAGGUUGCAGACUUGGAGAAGAAGCUGACCGUGAAAACAGAAGAAAAGGAAGCAUUAAGUUUGGAAUAUCAAAGGGCUUUAAACAAAAUACAAGAAGCGGAGAAAAUUAUAGCGGAUUUGAAUGUUCAAACUGAAAAAUUGAAUGAAGAGAAAGCAAGACUUUCUACUGAAAAUGCUGAUCUCAAUAUGAAGCUGGAGAGUGCUGGUCAAUUGAAACAAGAGAAAGAAGCACUACAGAUUGAACUUGAAGCAUCGCAAGGGGAAUUUUCUAACCUGAAGGAGCAACUUGAAUCAGCGGAGAAGGAAGUAACUGAGUUACAUCAGACUCAAAAGGCAACUGAAGAGGAGAAAAAUACUCUAUCCUUGAAAAUUUUGCAACUUGGGGAUGAGAUAAAGAAGGCGCAAAACGAAACUCAAGAUCUGGUGACUGAAUCAAGCCGGUUAAGGGAGAAACUGGAAGUGAAAGAAAGAGAGCUUUUGACUCACUUAGAAAUGCAAGAGACCCACAAAAAUGAAACAUCAGCUCGUGUGCGGGAUUUGGAACUGGAACUUGAUUCAUCGCAUACUCAGAGAAAAGAAAUAGUGAGACAGAAAGAUGAUGAAUUUUCUGCUCUCCUGAAAAAACUUGAGGAUCAAGAGAGAGAUUCAUUAUCUCGAAUUAAUGAAUUGACAGAUGAAAACGCUGAUCUGAAUAUGAAACUGGAAAGUGCUGAUAAGCUACAAGCUGAACUGAAUCAGAAACUGGAAGACAUGAAUAGAGAGAGGGAUUUCUUAAUCUUGGAGAAGGAGACAGCCAUCAAUAGCACUGAAGAGGAAAAGAGGAAUGCAGAAAAUUUGAGAUCCAUUUUUGAUCAGUUGAAGCAAGAGAAAGAAGCACUACAGCUAGAACUAGAAGCAUUGAAAGCGGAUUUUUCUACCCUAAAGGAGCAACUUGAAUCAGCAGAUAAGGAAGUAGCCGAGUUAUGUCAGACCCAAAAGGCAACUGAAGUAGAAAAAAAUGCCAUGUCCUCAAAAAUUUUGCAACUUGAGGAUGAGAUAAAGAAGGCGCAAAACAAAAUUGAAGAUCUUGUGACCGAAUCAAGCCAGUUAAGGGAGAAACUGGUUGAGAAAGAUAGAGAGCUCUUGACUCACUUGGAGAUGCAUGAGACUCAUAAAAAUGAAACAUCAGGUCGUGUGCGGGAUUUGGAACUGGAACUUGAUUCAUCACAUUCUCAGAGAAGAGAAAUAGAGAAAACGAAAGAUGAUGAAUUUUCUACUCUCCUUAAAAAACUAGACGAUCAAGAGAGAGAUUCACUAUCUCGAAUUAGCAACUUGACAGACGAAAACGCUGAUCUGAAUAUGAAGCUGGAAAGUGCUGGUAAGCUACAAGCUGAACUGAAUCAGAAACUGGAAGACAUGAGCAGAGAGAGGGAUGGACUAAUCUUGGAGAAGGAGACAGCCAUCAGUAGCACUGAAGAGGAGAAGAGAAACGCAGAAAACUUGAGAUCCAUUGCUGAUCAAUUGAAGCAAGAGAAAGAAGCACUACAGCUGGAACUAGAAGCAUUGAAAGCUGAAUUUUCUACCUUAAAAGAGCAACUUCAAUCAGCCGAGAAGGAAGUAGCUGAGCUUCGUCAGACACAAAAGACAACUGAAGAGGAAAAAAAUGCUCUAUCCUCAAAAAUUUUGCAACUUGAGGAUGACAUAAAGAAGGUGCAGAACGAAAUUCAAGAUCUCGUGACCAAAUCAAGCCAGUUAAAGGAGAAAUUGGAUGAGAAAGAGAGUGAGCUUUUGGCUCAACUGGAAAUGCAUGAGACCCACAAAAAUGAAACAUCAACUCGUGUGAGGGAUUUGGAACUGGAACUCGAUUCAUUACAUAUACAGAGAAGAGAAUUAGAGAAAAAUAAAGAUGAUGCAUUUUCCACUCUCCUGAAAAAACUUGAGGAUCAAGAGAGUGAUUCAUCAUCUCGAAUUAAUGACCUGACAGCACGGAUCAACAGUAUGCUACUUGAAGUGGAAGCUAUACGCAUCAAUAAAGGUGAGUUAGAAGAACAACUAGUAAAUAAAGACAAAAUGGCAUCAGCUCAAGUUGAAGACUUGACAAAUCAGGUCAAUGCAAAGCAACAGGAACUGGAAUCUCUACUCAUCCAAAAAACUGAAACAGAAACAGUACUGGAGAAAAAGAGUCAAGAAAUUUCUGAGUUCCUAAUUAAGAUUGAGACAUUAAAGGAGGAGUUGGCUAACAAGAACUCAGAACAACAGAAGACAUUUGAAGAAAAGGAGAGUCUUGUAUUACAGGUGAAGGAUCUGGAAUUGGAGCUUAACUCAUUAGGUGACAUAAAAAUUGAACUGGAGGAGCAGCUAAGAUGCAAAAGCAAGGAAAUUUCGGAACUCCAAAAUCUGGUAGUGACUUUAAACGGGGAGUGUGGAACCAAGACUGCAGAGAAACAGAAGCUACUGGAAGAGAGGGAGAAUUUUGUGUCACGAAUAAAAGACUUGGAACUGGAGCUCAACAAUUUAAGCAACCUGAAAAAUGAAUUAGAAGAGCAGCUGAAAAGCAAAAGCGAGGGCUUUGUUCAGUUGCAACAGGAAACAGAAAGCCUGCAAGUUAAAACUUCAGAGAUGGAGAGGUCAUUAAAAGAGAAAGAGGAUGAACUCUCCAGUGUACAGAAGCAAUCUGAAGAUAGGGAGAGUGAAGCGUCUGCUCAAAUCAUGGCUUUGACCGCGGAAAUAAGCAAUUUCCAAGAGCAAUUGGGUCUUUUAAGAGCACAGAAAAUUGAAGGAGAUUCCAUUCUUGAGAAAAGAAGUGGAGAAAUAUCAGAAUUUCUUAUUCAGAUAGAAAGGUUAAAAGAGGAAUUAUCGAGCAAAACGAGAAUACUGGAAGAAAAAGAGGGUCUGGAAAGAAAUAUUUCUGAAUUGGAGAAAAUACUAAAAGAGAGAGUAGAUGAGGUCAAUGCUGUCGAGAAAAAAAUGGAGGAUGUGCAGAAUGAAGCGUCCACUCAAAUUGCUACGUUAACAGAACAGGUUAACCAUUUGCAUCAGCAAAUAGACUCACUGCAUUCAGAUAAAAGGCAGUUGGAGGAGCUAACAGAAAGAAGUAAACAAGAGUCUAUCGAAAGUUUGGCUCAAGCCGAGAAUCAGACAAAGGAAUUAGUGAAGAAGAUCGCAGACCAGGAUACAGUGCUGAAAGAAGAGGAGGGUGCAUUCAUCAAAUUAAGCGAAGAGCACAAAAAACUCGAGGGUCGGUUUCAAAUCUGUGAGGAAAAUCUCAAAUCUGCAGAAAAGAAGAUAGAAGAGAUGACAGAACAGUUCCACAAGGAUAUUGAUACCAAAAAUCAGAAAGUUGAUGAAUUGGAAGAAAACAUUGAAGACCUGAAAAGAGAUCUGGAGAUGAAAGAAGAUGAACUUGCUACAUUGGUUGAGAAUGUACGAAAUACUGAAGUCAAGCUCCGGUUAACAAAUCAAAAGCUCCGAAUCACAGAACAGUUGCUGACUGAGAAGGAAGAGGACCAGAGGAGCAAAAUAGAGAAGUUGCUGCAAGAACAAAACGUACUUCAGGAGAAAAUUGCAUCAUUGUCUGGAACACUUGCUACUUACAAAGAGGCUCAAAUGAAAAUCGUAACAGAUGUAUCAGAGAGAGUAAAUGAAACCUUGACGGGAUUUGAUGCAUUUAGCGUUAAGUUUGAGGAAGAUUACGGUCACUUAGAGUCCAGAAUUUAUGAAAUCGUGAAUGAGCUUAAGGUUGCAGCUAACUGGAUAAAAGAGACCACGGCUGAGAAAGAUGAGCUAAAGAAGGAAAUCGCCAACUUAGUUCAGCAACUGAAAAAUGAGAAAGGACUAGAGUUGCUUUUGAGAGAGAAGGUUGAAGAACUUGAGACAACAUUGCAGAAGGCCAAAGACGAGAAGGAAAAUUUGGAGAAAACGGUAACAGAACGAGAAGAAAAGUUGGGAGAGCUGGAGAAAAUGGUACAAGAAAGGGAUGAAAAGAUGAAUGAGAAAGAUCAGGGAUUCUUGAGUCUAAGUGCCGAGAAAAGAAUGGCAAUAAGAGAACUCUGUACUUGGAUUGAUUAUUACCGCAAUCGCUAUGAUGAUCUGAAAGAAAUGAUCACAAAGUCGACUGGUGGAAGAAGGCAGAUAGCCACAUAAUGCAUGGGUGAUAUGUAGUAUUAGAUCAUCUGGACAAUACAAGAUUUUAGCUUUGCUGAAAUCUGAAGCUGAAAUCUGCUAGCAGUUUGCUGAGGCAUAACAGAACCGAACCAUGGAACCCUUACCCAUGGAAGCUUUCCGAAAACAGAUUCGAGAUUCUAAACGUGGACGUCGUCCAUUCAAAUGAUGACAAUAUAAUCGUGGUCAGAUAGUCAUGCUCACUUUUAUUUAGGGAUGUUUGGUUUAUACAUUUAGCAUGGAUUGUGAUUGGUAUAUUUGUGGAAUAAGGUAACUCCUGAAUUUCUCAGGAUAUUGUAAGUAUGUGCUGGCUGAUAUAAUCAGUGAGCAGACUAUACCGUUUUCAGGUUGUACAGAGCAUAAUUGCAAUUUGUUUUGGUUGUGCUUUAUUUAAUUUAAUCAAUUGUUGCGUUAUGCAAACAUUAUUAGGAAUUUUUGUAUUGCAAUUCUGUAACAAUUAUUGUGGCUUGUUUUAA